UGGAGAUAAAAAAAUCUUUGUCGUAUGAAACAAAUUUGAAAUCUUUGAAUUAAAAAUAAAAGACAAAAAUUUUCACUCUAAGGUUAUGUGUGUGUAUAUUUGAAAAAAAAAUAAAAAUAAAAACAUUGGCGUCAUCGGAAAAUCGAGAAUAAUCGUCAAAAAAGUGGAGAAUGGGUAAGCGAUGGUAUUAUUUUUUAUUUAUGACCUGGAUUUCUUAUCUUCUGUGUUCAUCGUUGCUGCUCUUCAUCGAUGGAUUUUUUCUAACUCGAGUAGCAAGAACAGAACAUUCGAAAUGUACAAAAUGCACGUUAGAAAAAAGUUGUUCUCCGGAGGAAAUAUUUAAAAACACAAAUGCAUCUGGAAGCAUUUGUUUGGAAGCAAGGAGCAGAGUAGUUUUGUUGAUCGUUGAUGCACUGAAAUAUGAAUUUAUCGACUGGCACAAAGACAUUGAGGUCAAUGCGACUUAUCACCUCAAUAAAAUUCCUAUAGUACAAGAUUUGCUAAAUUCUGCACCAGAAAACACAAGACUUUUCAAAGCGAUUGCCGACGCGCCAACAACAACAAUGCAAAGACUAAAGGCACUGACGACAGGCACUUUACCAACGUUUAUCGAUGCAGGCUCUAACUUUGCGUCAGACAGCAUCAAUGAAGACAAUCUUGUUGAUCAAGCGAGCAAAACUGACGGAGUUGUAUUCAUGGGUGACGAUACAUGGAUUUCUCUUUUCCCAAAUAAAUUUCUCCGGCAAUCACCUUCACCUUCGUUCAAUGUUUGGGAUCUUGACACCGUGGAUCGCCAAGUGAAAGAUGCUAUUGUACCAGAGCUCAAAAAAGAUGAUUGGUCCCUGCUGGUAGCUCAUAUCCUGGGUGUGGAUCAUUGUGGCCACAAACAUGGGCCUUAUCACCCUGAAAUGACGAGAAAGUUGAGGGAAACUAAUACGCUCAUUACGCUGAUUGUCAAAUCUCUUCCCGAAGAUACAAUGUUAAUUGUUAUGGGUGAUCACGGAAUGACGGAAAGCGGAGACCACGGCGGAGAUAGUAGAAACGAGAUCGAAGCCGGAAUGUUCGUUUAUUCGCGCCUGCCACUGCUCGAGCAAAGGAAUCAGCAGGCUGGAAACAUCGUCAAUCAGAUCGAUGUCGUUCCCACAAUUUCUUCUCUGCUAGGAAUUCCUUUGCCAUUUUCGAACAUAGGCUCUGUAAUAUUAGAGUGUUUGCCUCAAAUCAGAAGCGAGGGGAACAAACAACCAGAUUUUUGGUUCGCUGCACAUUCAAUGUGGAGAAACGUGGUCCAAAUGAAGAAAUACAUCGAAGCUUACUCCAGUGACUCAUUUUUGUUCGGAGAGGAACAACUACAGAAAAUAAAUAAGUUGUUCGAAGCUGUGGAAAGAGAUGCAAGGGGAGUGAGCGACGAGAACAGCUUUCAGAAAUUUGCAGAAAGCUCCAGAGCAUAUUUGCAGACGGUUCGAGACCUUUGUGCCGAAAUUUGGAUCCAAUUCGAUCCAGGCUCAAUGUCCAAGGGACUAAUCAUAUUUUUCUGUGUUCUUUUCUUUGUUCACAUAAUGCUGAGCGCGCUAGACGAGCGUCGAACAAACGAAAUAAUGAAAACGAGCUUCCUCUCAGUCUCCAUCGCCACAAACGUCAUCACAACUUUAGUCACCGCUGGACUCUACAAAUUUGGAUUUAUGGAAGAAUUCAAAAAUUCCAACACUUUUGCAACCGGUACAGUGUCCGUUUCGCUGCUCGCUUUGCUAGUUGCACAAAAUUGGGACACCAUUUCUUUGACGUGGUACAAUAGUGUGAAACUGAAGAAAGUUCAUUAUCUCGAGCGAGGAAUUAUUCUGCUCUCAUUCUGUGGAUUAUUUUCCAAUAGUUACAUCGUCGAAGAGGACAAAGUGAUGAUGUAUCUUCUUGUGACAAUGGUGGCUGUUCUGACUCUCAAGACACUUGAAGAAGAUCUCACUACUGGAAGCAGCGAGAAAAGAUGGAGGCACGAUAAAAGCAUUGGGAGGCGACGGAGCUUCAAGUAUUUAUGGAUUCUUGUGGGACUAGUGGCUUGCGCAGCCAUAAGAUUUUCAUCUUAUUUAUGGCGUUGUCGAGAGGAACAAGAUCGAGAAACUUGCACAAUGUUGGCCAAGAAAUCAGAUUUGCUGAACAACGCUGGAGCUGAAAGAACUUUACUCAUUGUCAGCGUUCUCAGCCUCGCCAUGUACGUCACAAUCGUCACCACUUGGCUGCGGAAUACUGAAAGACUGUCCGAGUUUUUCCCCAUCGCCAACAUCGCGAGAUAUUGUUACGGUGUGAUCGCAGUUACGAUCGGUUGUUACUGGGUCUAUGAGAGACUGCCCAAGGAAGCUCGAAUCAAAGUUGCUAUUUCGAGGCAAAUCAAUGCUCUGCCUGGAAUUGCUUAUUUUUUUUCCUUUUUCGGUAUCAUCAACGUCUACUUUCGUCCACUGGGAAUAUUCUGGCUGCCUCCAAAAAGUGAGCAGCUAACGGUCGAUGACCGGAGAGCACCAACUUUUUUCAGCAGAAUCCGAGAACUAUUUUAUUCCAGACAAUUCAUCGAUGAAUCAGAAUUUCCCGUGAUCUCUUCGUCCAUCACUUUCUACAGCUCAGCCUUUGUUUCCGUCAGCGUUUUUCUCACUCUUCUCUGGGCCCUGGUACUCGGCAACGUUUUUGCCCUGGGAACAUUCCUGAUGUUCGUUACCUCUGCCGUAGUCCUUGCCCUUGUAGCCAUCGAACGGUGUCACAAUGCUAACAAUUUAGCUGAAAUGCUUCAAGUACCAGAUUCUGCAAUACUCUGCUGGUUUCUCAUCGCCGAGUACUUUUUCUAUGGAACGGGUCACCAGUCCACGUUCCCAACACUUCAUUGGGAUGCAGCGUUCAUUGGAAAUAUUGGUAAUGCUUACGGGAAUCUUCUUCCUGCGAUUUUGAUAGGAUUAAAUACAUUCGGCUCUCAUCUUAUCAUAGCAAUGACUUUGCCACUGCUCACCAUUGUUCCAUUCACUUUUUAUAUGAUAUUCCCUAUUAAACUGAAGUUCCACGGACACGAUGAAAUGAGGAAAGGCGAAUAUGUUCUCUUUGAACGGGGAUCAACCUUCCACAACGCUCUGUUUAUGCUCUAUGGAAAAUACAUGCUUCUCCAUGGCAUACGGACUUUCGGCUGCAUGUUAACAACAACAAUCCAUUGUCGUCAUCUCAUGGCCUGGAAAAUUUUCGCCCCAAAAUUGAUUUUCCAAGGCUUAUCAUUCCUGGUGACACUAGGCAGCAUAUUGGCAUCAUCAUUGAUGGCACGCAGCAUAGAUUCUCAGGUAGAAGAUUUGAGAUUACGAGGAGUCGUUAAAUCCCGAUGAUGGCGGCUAAAUUCUUAAUUGUAAUUAGUCGACAAUCAAUGGUGAACAUUGUUUUAUUACUCAUUAAGUUUAUUUGACAAAAAAAAUUAUAAAACCAACGACUCAAGUUCGUUUCCUCACCACAUUCGUCGUCAUAAUAUUGUAAAAUAAUGUCUUAAGAUGUGCCACGAUUGAAAAACUCAGUCGGAGGGGGCUUUCGGGGCCUGAGCUGAGAUCCUAGUCGGAUAGGUCGACAAUUUAUUUCUGAUGAAAGACCAUUUGCAACUUAACGUCAAGUAUUAUUUCUAGGCAUUUAGGAGUAAAGAUUGUUAACUCUGAUAAAAAUGAAAAAAUAGUGCAGUCGGUAUGAAAUUCUGGUUAUGAAAUCUAAUGAGAUUUGUAACGAAUAACUCUAAAAUCCUGCGCCAGUAGGAUCAUUGUAAAUAAGAAAGAAGUGUUAUGAAUCAUGAGCGGAAAACUAAUCGAAGCGCUCUUUUUACAGUGUGUAUUUUUACGUGAGAAUAAACAUGUUUUCUGUUU